AUGCCUCUCUACUCGGACCCCCCGACACUGCGCACCUUCAACCAGGACAAACCGACGCUCCUUGUGUGUUGGUGGAUCACCAUUUUUUGCACCGUCAUCAUCGUUCUGCGCGUUGUCGGUCGAUUCAUUCGAACCGAGAAGCUGUUUAGGGAAGACAAGGUCGUUUCGCUGGCUCUGAUCCCCAUGUAUUUGAGGAUGGGAUGUGUGCACUUUAUCCUGCUCUACGGAACCAACAAUGCAGACUUUACGGGCGUCACGCUGUCCGAGAAACAACAUCGCCAACGACAGAUCGCCAGCGGUCUCGUGCUCGCCAGUCGACUGUUAUAUGCAGCAACAUUGUGGAUUCUUAAAGACACCAUUCUAGAGUAUUUCCGGCGCUUGACGGAAACUACCUCUGAGCGCUAUGCCAGCCAGACUCUGCUCUUCAUUCGAGUCGCCUUGAUCGCAACAUUCAUUGCCAUCUUCAUAAGCAACUUUGCCGAGUGCCAACCUUUCGCCCAUUACUGGCAGGUCUUGCCCGAUCCUGGUGGUCAAUGUCGCCAGGGCUACGCACAACUCAUCACAAUGGCCACCUGCAACAUCAUUACUGAUCUACUGCUUGUCGUUUUCCCCAUUCCCAUGGUCCUUCGCAGCCAAUUGGGCCUCAAGAAGAAGGUCCAGCUCACUCUUCUCUUCUCCCUGAGCCUGGCUGUUGUUGUCGUUACGUGCUAUCGCGUGCCGAAUAUUCUGCGCGCUCACGGGAAUCAGCAACUGCGAUCUUUGAUGGCUUCUGUUGAACUUUUGUUCGCCACCACAGCCGCCAACUCACUUGUUCUCGGGUCAUUCGUCCGUGACAGGGGUGUCAAGAAGAAGAAGUUCAAGUAUGGAUCUGUGGCUGUCGACUCCCUUGAGCGGACGAUCACGUCGCGGUCCCGUCGUCCGACGCUGCACCGUCAUUGGGGCAGUGACGAGGACCUCGUCCGCGACAUCGGGCUGGGCGUUGACGCCGACCUGCAGAACAUACCCGAAUACGGUGAUGGCGUCGUCAGAAGAGGUGCAUACACCCCAGCACCCAUGGCUCGGAGAUUUGCCGAAGACUUGAAACACUGGAACUUUCCUGAACGGCAGAGGAGUCACGCAGAGAGAAGUGAGCGAAGCGAUGAUCCUCUCAUCAACCGUGACCUGCAUUCUUCCAGAAGCAACUCGACAACAACACCUCGAAGAGUCUCCUUUUACGAUGUCGGAGGGCUCCUUUCGGAAGAGGGCCAGGACCCGGCGAGCUCCAGCUACGGACGCGACAGCUUCAGGCGCGACAGCUUCAUAUCGAGCGUGGAUCCUCUAUCACCAAACACCUCGCAUAGCCUGCCGUCGCCUGCACUGCCGGCCCCUUCUACUGGCCAACGGCGUGGCUCAACCGCACUCCUUCAGGACAUGGGGGUUCUCUUUGGGCCUUCAAGCGCCAAACCCCCUCGGCACAAGCCCAGAAGCGGCACUGAAUUGCAGCCCAUACCGCAAUCCCGUCAUUCUGACAUGGUCAUAUUUGAUCCGGCUUCUACCUCGGGUCCACAGCUCAUGGAUCCUGGCGGCCUUUUGAGAUGA